CGCUCCCCUUGCCUCUCGUUCUCAGUUGGAUUCUUCAGUCAGCGGACUGGAACUGUAGCGGCUGCUGGAGGAGCAGCGAGAGAGAGAGAGAGAGAGAGAGAGAAAGAGAGAGAGAGAGAGAGACUAGAAGACUAGAGAAAGAGAGAGAGGGGGGAGCAGAGGGUGGAGACGCUGAGCGGUGUCUGGGUCAGACAGCUCUGUCGUUUCGCACAAUCACAGAGGAGAGAGAGAGAGAGUGAGAGAGAGGGGGACAGAGAGAAAGUGAGUGAGUGAAAAGAGAAAGAGACAGAGAGAGAGAGAGAGAAAAAAAAAGCUCAGCAGGAGAGAGAAGGUAGACAUGUCAGAGGAUGUGGUUUUCCUGAGCUUGCAGAACAUCGCACAGGCAUACUUUGAGCAUGACCUAAACAAGAGCACGCAAAAGUGUGCUUGCUGCCUUUCCGUUAGCUGCGAGAAGCCUCUGAGCGGGAGAAAGAGAAGCCUCUGCGACUGAUCCCCCUGGAUUUGGAGCCUCUUCCGUGUCUUUAUUUUUGCUCCUCUAUCGCUCCCCUCGUUUGCUCCUUUUCAUCUUUUUUUUCUCCGCCAGAAAGUCUCGGCUCUUAUCAGAGCCACUCGGCUCCUGAGAGGAAUUGCGGAGGAUUUGCUCGCUGCCACCUCGGCUGCGUGUUGUGCUGGUGCCGUGCUCCCCGUCACUCCUGUUCAUGCCUCUCCCCGGCGGUUGCUCCGGUCCAUUCGCCCACUCCUGAUCUCUCUGGCCAACUUGGAGGAGCCGCUUGUCACCACUUUCACAACAGGACUCCUAGACGGACUCGGGGGACGAUGGGCUGUGGUCUGCGGAAGCUGCGCCAGUCGGACGACGGCAGCCCGGGGAAGAUCUACUCCACCCUCAAGCGGCCGCAAGUGGAGACCAAAGUGGGUGUGGCUUACACCUACCGCCACCUCGAUUUCCUGGUGGGCAAAGACGAUGGGACGUCCACACUGCAGCUGUCCUCGGUGCGCGAGCUCCCGGCCCAGGUGCUGGAGCUGUACCAGGAGGGCUUCGUGCUGGCCGCGGUCCACCCUUUCGUCCACCCGUGUGGCCCCGAGCCCGCCAAGCGCCAACGGCAGCUGUACCGGGCCGUCCUCGUCCGCCUGGCAGACAGUGUGGAGAAGAGCCAGUCUGAGUUUGAGCCGUGCAACCUGAAACUGGAGGAGUGCCUAUCUGCCGAGCGCUUCCCCAGUGCCGAACACAUCCAGGGCUACGUCAAGAAACAGAUCCAGGAUGCGGCGGACCAGGGGAUCAUGUUUGUGGGCUUCAUCCAGGAGCCUGGCCGAGUCCGAGUCCACCUGUCCAGUCUCAGGGACACGGAGGAGCCCUCCCUGUCUCUGCACUCCAGCCCCAGCUCCCUGCACAGCUCUGGGGUCGGCCGCAGCCCCAUCCCCAGUCCCCUGGAGCCCACGGCCCCGGAGGAGCAAAGCAAGGCUGCGGGAGACGAGCCCAUGUCCCUGAACGAGGACGACGAGGAGCCGCCCACUGGGCACGGCAGCCGAGGCGUAGACGCAGUCGUGGAGGAGGAGGAGGUGAUGUCCUCCGUCCCUGCUUCGCCAUCCUCUCAAGCGUCCGAUUUAGAGUCCCCGACGCACAACAACAACGACACAAAAGUCUCACAGCGGACCAAUAAGCUGUCCAGCUCAGCGCCUGUUAAGAAUGGGAUGGAGCUCUUCGCCCUCUAUAACCACCCGUGCAGCCGUGAAACUCAAGUCAAGUUCUACACGGUCAAAGUGCCUCUGAGGGUGCAGCCCCAAGAGGAGGGUGUCCCCAGCGUGGAGGCCAACUGGCUCGAUCACAUGACUCAGCACUUCAACAACGGGGCCUCGCUCGUGGACGGCUACUUCCACCUGGGCGACGGUGGCGGCGACUCCCUUCCCAAGUUGGUGGAGAGCGUCUUCAUCUUUCAAGAAGGCCUGGAGGGAGAUUCCAACACAGCCACAGCCUACGAUGCCAUUGUGGUGGAGCAGUGGACUAUCAUUGAUGGUGUGCAGGUAAAGACAGACUACAUCCCCCUGCUCCAGUCUUUGGCUCUGUACGGAUGGAGACUGACCUGCGUCCUGCCCACUCCCAUCGUCAAGACCAACAGUGAUGGGAGUCUGUGCACCAAGCAGAUCGUCUUUCUCCAGAGGCCCGUCCUGCCACGCAAGAAGAGAGAAUCUAAGAAGCUCAUCUUCAAGACGCGGAACAAGUCCAACAAGAACUUCAUCAAAGACGCACCCAAGGGCAAGAAGAAGAAGGAGAACACCGCACCCCUGGCAACUGCGGAGAGGGAGCUGGACGACCGGAGGAUCUCCGACGGCGUGGAGAAGGUGGCCAAAGAGGAGGAGAGCAAGGGAGCGAGCGAAGAGAAAAGAGGGAGCACAGAACCUGAGUUAGACGACAAGAUGAAACCGAGCAAGGCAGAGGCAGAGGGAGGGAUAGAGACGGUUGAGGGAGAGGUAGAGAGAGCGGCUGAGGGAGAGGAGGAGAGAGGAGGAGAGGUGGAAAGGAAAGAGGAGGCCGAGGAAGGUGGUGAGAAGGAGGUCGGCGAAAGGAACGACAGCAGGGCAAGCACUGAGCCAGAGAUGAACGGAGAGACAGAGAGAGAGGGUGAGAACAGAGGAGAAGCAGAGGAUGAGGGCGAAGGAGAGGGAGAGGUCAGGAAUGAGGGAGAUAAGGAGGAGACGAAAGAGGAGGGAGGACAAGACCCAGAAGAAGAGCAGGAAAGCGAUCUGAGCACCCAGGUCAACAAGGCCGAGUCUGACCCGGACAAAGCGGAAGAGGUCGCCGGGCAACCGGGAGGAGAGACAUUGACCAAUGGGAGUAUUGGGGAGGGGCCAGACGAGGAGGACAAAAUGGAGGUGGAGGUGAAGGAGUAGAGAUUUCCUCCACCCGUCCAGACAUCAACUGCACCGACACUGGCCAAACCGACCCUCUCCCUCUCUCCCUGCUCCCAGAAAGGGCUAGCUGCUCUCUGGUCCUUCUCAGCUUCGUCCCACUGGACGAGCCUUAUACAGCCAGUGGGACCUUCUGCUGCUUUGUCCUGCUUUGUGCCCCCCCGCCCCCCUAAACACUUAGACUGCUGCCGCCAAAUAGUCGUCCAUGGCGGUGCCUGCCUCAAAUUAGCCCUCCCGUUUACACACUGACUUGCUUUCACCUCGCUGCCACCCUCACUUACAUCUGCUGAGGAGGAACUCUGUAUACAAGCUGAUAGAAGAGGUUGGGGGGAGGGCUGUUAUCACAACCAUUGGAUAUUAAAAACACAUGGUGUGUGGCCAAAGGGGGGCCUGAGACUAAUGAGAUAGACUCACUGACUCACAAAUUCCUCCUUCCUGUGCCCCAUUGUACAGUAUUGCUGUUGAAAUUGCUUCAUCAAGAGGGUAUGCAGGAAGAAAGCACACAGCGAAGGAAAUGGCUACUGUUGCGAAAGGCAAUCCAUUGUGAACCAGAUGGAAUACAUCUUUGGAAAAAUUGGUCUUUUUUUGUUGUUUACAUUUGUUGAUAAACUGACUCGAUGAUGAAAUGGAGGAAUGUCACUUUUACAAGCACAUACUGUAUAUCUCAAGUGUAUGCUAUACAUGGAAUGUAUAUCCAGUGCAUUUGUGCAUUUAAGCCAAUUUGCUUGGUGAAGUGUUAAUAUGAAGAAUUUUAUUUCUCUUCCUAGGAGAGUAGAAAUAUUAUGAAGAAAAAGAAAAGUGCUAGGAUCUAUUUUUGCAGAAUCAGACAUCUGCAGUUACUGCCAUCUGUGUUCAAAAAGCUCACGCUUCUUCAUACAUUCUGAGUGUGGUUUUUUCAUCACAUCAAAAUCAGCACUGAUGAAAACAUUAAGAAAACUGUGGUCUGCUGCAGUUUAAUUUUUUCAUGAACAGGAAAUCGGUCAACAGUUGGGGUUUGCUGAGAUGUUUUUGUUAGAAAAAAAAUGUUCUAUCAAUUUCCAGUGUUAUAUAUGUGAUCAUAUUCUGUAGUUUGAUAUGACCUGUUAGCUGGCUAAUGGGGAUUAGACGUAACCUAUUUUCCUUCAAAAAGCUUUUAGGGCCAGCAACGCCAGUUACUCGCAUCUUGUGGCCAUGAUUUGGAGACUUACUUAAGUACAAGUAGAUUUCCUUGAUGACUAUAGUUGGUUUUGGUACAUUAUAAUUGGUCUUAUUAUACCUCAAAGCUUCACAUUUGUCCACAGGCAAAGAUCAAGGCAACAUGACUCACAGGAGUCUGACUGAGAUCCUUUUUUUUCUCCCCCUCAAGACUUCAGGGUUUCGCUGUAUUUUCUUCAUAAAUACGGUGCAAUGCUGUGUAAAUCACUCGUCUCACACAGUCAAAAUAUCCAGCUGCAGCAUAUGUUUCAAAGAGUGCUGAUGUCAAACUAGAAGUGUUUGUCCGCUCUCGCAAACUGCUGAGCGGAGAUUUUCUGCCGACACGCCGUUAAAAAAAAAGGUGUGAUAUGACAUCAUCGUGCCACCAGCGUGGGCUGCCGCAUGCGUAUGGAUUUAGGGGCACAGGGGACAAGGGGCUUUUUCACCUCACUGCACCCCCCCGCCCUCAAAGGUCACUGAUAGCCGCGUGACCUCCAGCCCCCGCUCGGCGUGGGCAGGUGGGGGCGGAUCGGAGGUAUGGGAUCUGCUGUAAUGGCCCGAGCGGGUCAAGCUCAACUCUAAAUGGCUUUUCCAUUACCUGACUCCCAUGACUGCCGCUCAAGGCUCAAAGGAUGUCAAUUACAUGCAGUACGGUUUGAGGGCUGAUAGAGCUCCAAUCGAUCCCUGUGUCCUGUGUGGGUAAAUAUAUAUAUAUAUAUAUAUAUAUAUAUACAUAUACAGUAUAUAUGCUCCUAUCAUUUUCUCUUCGUUGUUCUAUCUGUUUUUUUUUUAGCUGAGAUUCCUCACACGCAUUCCGGUGUAGGUUGCCGCGAGUGCUAAUAAAGACUUCUCCCCGCGUCGUCUUUUUGUCCAAGUUGAAGCUGACAGUGCUUUGAAGUCCGCUCAUGCUCCACCACUGCUCUGCCUCCUCGUUGUGGAGAGGGGCGUGUUAAACCUGAUUUGUUUGUCUCCAGUUGGAUAUUAAUUUCCUUUUAUGUAGCCGUCUCCGCCCGCGCCGCUUCAGUCGGCCUGGCUAAUCCACGUCUGAGCCUGGUUCAUCUUCCUGACAUGUCUCUUGUUUAGUUGUCUCUGCUCCGCUUGGUGAACUGUGUGGUCUUGUGCUGUCGUGCCGCAAAACCAGGCUCCUCUAGACAGUGUGUUGUGUUUUUGUUGUGGAGCGGGGAGGGGGGGAUUAAAAACGCCUCGGUGAUGCCAGUGCCACUGUAUGUAGUGCAGUAAGAGAAAUACUGAAAAAGAGAGGGCUGUGCACUCAGCUCACCUGAAUGCUUUUAACCACGGGAGGGGAAUGGGUGGAUUCUGUUGUGAAUGACUAAUGAUGAAUAUUCAUCUGCAUUGCACUUUGCCUGACAAAUGAUCAGUGUCAAGGCAAAUGUGUGUGUGUGUGUGUGUGUGUGUGUGUGUGUCACGGGGGGUCAGCUGGGUCUGUAGAUUUCCUCCGGUGGUCGCUGAUGGCAAACUAAAUGAUGAUGGUAGCCGAGAGAGGGGAAGAGUGAGUGGGCCGUUCUCCUGAGGAAAUCAAACGCAGAUACGUGGAGGGGAAUGUGGAGCAGGAUCUAGCACUUCAUCAGCUAAAUGAUGCAGAACCAUGUUUGUGUUGCCCUCGGUAACGGCAGGAGUAACCUGUGACUAAUGCAUAUCUCCCACAAGCAUUGUCUGGAACAUUCUAUCCACUCAUGUACAAAGACAACAUGCUAUUUCCGCUUUCUUCAUUAUGUUCCUGUCUUGGAGCAGCAGCAGCAGCAGUCUCCAACAAUCGCAGUGAAAUUGUUCUUGUUAAUAAUGAACGGUUAAUAAUGUCCUUCAGACUCCAUUUCCUGUGUUUCUUUUUUUCUUUCUGUCUUUCCUUAUUGUUGUACAAUGGAUUUAACUGAUCGAGGAUGACAGUGGAAUGUCAUAAGUGUUUAAUGGUUUAGCUGAAGUGGGUUCUCUCUGGCUUGUGUUCAUUUUGACAUCCUCCAUUUUGAAGGUUGCUUCUCUAAUUGUCAGCAAUAGCUGUGCCGCCAUUGUAAAGCAUAACCAUUUGUUUGUAAGUGACAUAUUGUGUAUGGCAUCUGUACAAUUUGUAUAUUAUAAAUAUGGUUUAUAUUUGA